CCAUUCACUGACGUUCAUUUAGAUGCUGCCAGGUCUUUGCAACUCAUCAUCAUGAGUGAGUUAAAGGACUGCCCCCCACUGAAAUACUAUGACUUCAAGCCUGUCGAGCACGUCAAGGUGUGUCCCCGCUACACUGCUGUGCUGGGCCGCUCAGAGGACGAUGGGAUCGGUAUUGAGGAGCUGGACACCCUGCAGCUGGAGUUGGAGACGCUCCUGUCCUCAGCCAGUCGACGCCUCAGAGCCCUGGAGGAGCAGAGACAGAUCCUCACAGACUGGCAGGACAAGAAGGGAGAUAAGCGCUUCGUAAAGCCAGGGAAAGACCCAGACCCUGCUGCAUCAUCUCGCCACAAACCAAAGAAGCAGAAAUUGGAUGGCAAAGGCGGUCAUGGCCCAGGUCCAGGCCCUGGCAGACCAAAAUCUAAAAACCUGCAGCCUAAAGUCCAAGAGUAUGAAUAUACAGACGACCCACAAGACAUUCCCCGCACUCCGAAAAAUGAUGCUCCCAACAGAUUCUGGGCAUCAGUCGAACCAUAUUGUGCUGAUAUCACAAAUGAAGAGAUACGAUUGCUAGAGGAACUUCUGAAACCCCCAGAGGAUGAAGCAGAGUAUUUCAAAAUUCCAGCAUUGGGGAAACACUACUCUCAGCGGUGGGCUCAGGAGGAUUUGCUGGAGGAGCAGAGAGAGGGAGCACGAGCCAACGACAAGAAGAAGGGCCUUAUGGGAGGACCACUGUCUGAACUUGAUGCAAAAGAUGUGGACUCACUGCUGAAAAAGUCAGAGUCCCAACAUGAAUCUCCAGAGGACGGCUGUCCCUUCGGUCCUCUCACGCAGCGUCUGCUCCAGGCUCUUGUAGAGGAGAACAUCAUAUCCCCCAUGGAGGAUUCUCCUAUACCAGACAUUUCAGGAAAGGAUGCUAAUGAUGGAGCUGGGACGUCACCUCGAAGCCAAGGAAAAUCUUUUAGCGUUCCUCACACACGUUCCCUGGAAGCGAGGAUCAAAGAGGAGCUGGUUGCCCAGGGACUACUGGACUCUGAAGAGCGUCCUGGACCAGGAGGAGAUUCUGAGGAUGAGGUCCUGGCAGAGCUUCAGAAGAGACAAGCAGAGCUCAAAGCCCUGAGUGCUCACAACAGAGCCCGUAAGCAGGAGCUGCUCAGGUUGGCGAAAGAGGAGAUGCGCAAGCAGGAGCUGAGACAGAGAGUCAGAGUGUCUGACAAUGAGGUCAUGGAAGGAUUUCGGAGAAUUAUGGCAGCUAGGCAGAAGAAACGCACUCCGACCAAGAAGGAGAAGGACCAGGCCUGUAAAGCACUGAAGGAGAGGGAAAGCAUCCUCAAGUUACUGGAUGGAUAAAAAACAGCAAAAAUGUGGGAGGAAGAAUCUUUUUUCCACUUAUUGACACAGAUUGUAACCGUGGCGACAGCUGUUACACCCUCAGUUUACAGCUACAUCUCCAACAUGUGCGAUACGGUUUUCUGCAGGUCUGUGUGGUUGGAGUAGGGACAUUUCUGUCGUAGUUUUUAUGUCAUGUACAGCAAGAAGCUUAUGUGAUCGUAACAUUCAGUAUGCAUCUGAGACUUUUCCUCAUUUUGUUAAAUUUUUUCUUUGUCAGUUUAAUUUUUAUGUAGCUUUCUAUUUUGUUUACCAUGUAAUGUUAUGAAAACAAUACACAUCAAUGUUUGAAUAAAUCAGUACCAA